AUGAAUAUACUUUCAUCAUCAUCUGUUUCAUGGUCUAAAAUCGGAUUAAUUGCAUAUGCCGAUAACGUUUCAACUGAAGGAAACCUUUCUAUUACUUUUUUAGAGACUAUUAAUGGUUUAAAUUGGCGUUUUCAUGAACCUCAGAAAUAUUGUAUUCAUCCACAUCUUCAUGAAACGCAAUUCCAUUCUAGUUCGAACGUAUUUGUUGGUGGAUCUCAUGGCCCAAAUUCUGUAAAUUCUGGUAAUACCAUUCCUGCUAGCACAGGACAAACUAGUACACCAAGUAUAUUAGGCAGUUUGCCAGUAUCCAACAAUGCUUCCAAGAGUAGUUCCCACCAUUUUUUUUAUAGCAUUUCAUCUGUUUAUUGGAAUAAUUGGUUUAAUUUACCAGGUGAUAUGUUGGCAGUAUGUGAUGAAUUAGGUAAUAUGACAAUGCUAAUAUUAGGACAAAGCCCUCAAGGUCCUGUAACUAUUGACAAAUUAACCAUGUUAUUCCAAGACAAUGUUUACAAAUUACAUAAUCAAUUACUUCCAUUACAACAAGUGAAUGAAAAAUCAGAUAAAAUUGAACGAAAAGAAACAAAGAAAGAAUAUCAAACUACAAUUUUAGACUUUUCAUGGUUUAGUUCUUCGAAACCGAUAAUAUCUUCACAAUUUUGUGUUUUAGAUAGUAGUACUGAUUUGUAUAAGAAUAAAGUACAGCAAAUCCAACCAUAUGGUGUAUUUUAUCCACCAUCAAUGAAAUAUGGAUGUUUAGCAGUGCGUAAAAAUGGUCAAGUUGAUUUUUGGUAUCAAUUUUCUAAUUCUAAAAACCAUAAGAAGAUCACUACACAUCUUUUAAAUGCUCAAAAUAAAGAAACUAAUGAAUUAGAUUGGUUACAAUUUGCCAAGAUUACACCUAUGAACGAAGAUCAAUGUAUAUUAAUAACUACAUUUUCGAGAAUCUCCAAAAGAUUAACGUUUUAUAAAUUACAUGUCAAUUGGAACAUUAAUCCAACCAAUCCAACUAUUAUAAAUAAUCCAUCGUUGAGAGUAUACCAUCUUUUAGAAACUACUGUUGAUUCAAUCAAUGAAGAAGGGAAUCCAAUAGAAUUGACUGAUCUUUAUAUAUUAUCCCGACCAUCUAGUGAGAAGGAACCACCUUUAGAGGUCUUAUUAAUCUUUGAAAAUCUUGAAGAUUCUACUUCGAUAAUUAAACGAUAUCGUUUAACAAAGAGUAAAGUAUCCAAAGAUUUUUUAAAGAUGCUAAACAUUGAUAUUAAUAAUAUUCAAGAUCAAAAUAGUAAUACAGUUUUGAAUCAUACUAAUAAUACUUCAACUAAUAAUAAUAAUAAUAUGAAUAAUAACUAUACCAACAUGUUAUCUAGCAAAAGAUAUACUUUGACAUUUUUUGAUAAAAUUAAAUUAGAGAAACGUGUAGUUUCAAUUUCAUCAAAAAAUCUUUAUGAAUUUAUAACUAUUUAUUUUGAAGACGGUACUAUUAAAACAUAUAGUCACAAUGAAUGGAAAUUAGAAAGUGAUAAAUUAAAGAAUCAAAAUAAUUUAGGUAAAUAUCGUAAUAUAUUAACAUCAGUUAUUAGUUGUGGAUUCCAAUUUCCUAAAACAUUCCAUUCAUCAUCAUUAGAAUGGAUGAUAAUUUCACCAUCAAUGACAGGUGCUAUUGUCAAAUUAAAAAAAAGGCAAACUCCUAAUUAUUUUGCCAUUGAAACAGAUGUAUCUGAUGGUGAAAGAGAUAGAUUAACUGCCACAGCAUAUGCAUUUGGAUUUGUAUCAAGUACUCAUCGACAACUAUCAUCGGAAGAUUUAUCCAUUUCAUGUAAAACUCAUUUAAUGAAAAUAAAUGAAGUUAACAAUGAGAGAGCUCACGAAUUUGUAACAAGUUUGAUGACCUCAAUUUAUUCAUUUUUCAACAUGACACCUGACGCACCAAAGGAUAUAUUAGAUAAAAUGAUUUCAAGUAGACCUGUUCAGAAGACCAUAUUAUUACAAUUAGAAUUAUCGAAUGGAUUAAAGCAAACUAACAUUUAUGAGAUGUCCAGAUCAAUAAUGAGUUUAAGAAAUGUAUUAUUCGCGUUUAAUGGUGUGGCAAGAAAUUUACAAUUUGCUAUUGAACAAAUUAAUAGUAAUAGUAUAUCACAUUCCAAUGGUAAAUUAUUUCAAGCUAUCUUUACCAAACAAGAUUUAAUCCAUUCUUUAAUUCCCAUAGCCAAAUGGUUUAUCAAAUUUGUUACAUAUUUAAUCCAAGGAGCCAUAUUGAUGAUUAAUGAUAAUAAUAGUAAAUCAAAUACUUUAGUGUUGGGUAUCCUUGGUGCUAAGAUUCCACGAACUAUCAUGAUCUCCAUCCUUUCUGAAAUUAAUAAAGUGAUUCAAUUAAUUACAAAAUAUCCUGAAACUACAUUCCCCAUUCUGGAUGAAUCAUCUAAUUUCCUAAGAAUGAUUAUUUUAGAAUCUCCAAUCAAUUUAGAAGAUUUAGAGAGAUUGUUAAUUGAUGUUAAUACUUCAUUGAUUAAGUUUACAGAACAUAAACCAUAUUUUAUUAAAAACCCUCGACUAUUAGUUACAUCUGCUGUCUUGGAAGGUGAUAAAGAUGUGGAAAAUUAUUUAUUAUCUUUGGUUAAAAAUACAUUCUUGAAAGAUGAUACUACCUCGAAUAUUUUUUUCAGUGAUACUAAUGGCUUACGUAUUACUAAUGAUGUUUUUUUCCAAAAGGAAUUAUUACAAUCUUUACAACCACUUUCCAAGGGACUUGUAGUAGAUCAAGAAAUUUUACCAAACAAAUUCCAAGACUCAAAAUCAAUCAGUAUAUUAACAUACGAUAGUAUCUCCUAUGAAGAAUUUACAUUAGAUGAAAUACAGGGGAAGAAAUUGAAAAGAUGUUGUCGAUGUGGCAGUAUCACACGUGCAGGGUAUACCAUAUUUCCCAGCAGAGCAGUGAUAGCUACAAGUAUACAAACCAAGAGAUGGCCCACGAUGUAUUCGCGGGUAUGUAUCUGUUCUGGAUACUUGUAUGAAUUGGACACAUACACACCAACUGGUAUGACUCCAUCAAAUGCCAUUGCUACUCCAUUAUUAAACAAUACAAAUCAAAAUUCAAAUAGUGAACUAGAUUUAAACAGCGGAGACAACAGCAAUAAUACUCACCUUCAUUCUUCAACUCAUCAUCAUCAUAAUCAAUCACACCACCCAAUGGAAGGUAUUGUAUCUACCAACACCAAUACACCUGCACCCACAAUGAUAUAA